ACGGGCACUACAGAGGGGGAGAUGGAGCAAACGGGCACUACAGAGGGGGAGAUGGAGCAGACGGGCACUACAGAGGGGGAAAUGGAGCAGACGGGCACUAGAGAGGGGGAGAUGGAGCAGACGGGCACUACAGAGGGGGAGAUGGAGCAGACGGGCACUACAGAGGGGGAGAUGGAGCAGACGAGCACUACAGAGGGGGAGAUGGAGCAGACGGGCACUACAGAGGGGGAGAUGGAGCAGACGGGCACUACAGAGGGGGAGAUGGAGCAGACGGGCACUACAGAGGGGGAGAUGGAGCAGACGGGCACUACAGAGGGGGAGAUGGAGCAGACGGGCACUACAGAGGGGAGGAUGGAGCAGAUGAGUACCUCGGAGGGUCAAGAGCUUUAUGCAGGUUAGGGCUGCAUGAUAUAUAUUUUCAGCAUCAACAAUGCAAUGUAUGCAUGUGAAAGUUACAUUGCAGGACGCAUGAUGUCAAGUAGGGAAAUUAACUCAAACAUGUCACGCUAAAACAUUUUUGCUGCUUGAUACUAAAGUAAAACUUUCAAGUUUCUAAUUUCCAUGAUUAAUCUACAUGAAAAGUCCAUCUGAUAUUAUAUUAUUAGACAGAUGAUAGAUCUAUCUGUACUAGGGCUGUUGGAACAAAUUUCUUGAGUCACACACUUAAAUGUCAGGGUAGGGCCGCAUGAUAUUUGAAAAAAAUUAAAAUGUAAAAAUUUUGUUUUUCUGCACCAUAUAUUAUGAUAGAAAUUCACCAAAAAAAAAAUCACCAGAUAACUUGAGUAGCUCUAUUUGGAAAGAAUUAACCAUUCAAGGAUGAUUGGGUGAUUUUGUAGGUGGGUGAAUACACAUUGAAAAUAAUGAACAAAUCGCAAGUAUAAAUAAAUACAAUAGAACAAAGAUACAAAUGAAAUAAAUAGUGCUUUUAUAUAUUUUCAGGUAAAUCUAACAGGAACAGAAAUUUAAUAGUCAAAUGUAAAAUAACACUGCAUAUUCUUAACUGUAUAAAUUAAAUAUAAUUAAUUUGUGUUAAAACUGCAAAAGUGAUUUUUCCUCUUUGUUUUUUAUUGUUUGAUUAACAUUCAUGAUACAGAAAGCAUCACGAAUAUAGGCUACGGUCACUUUAAGACGAUGCGCGGAUCCAAAAUACUGUUACACAACCAGUUUUCUUUCUCAAUUGUAACAGCAUUCUGUGUUCAGGUCUGAAAGUAUGAAAGUAUCCAACUGUAAAAAUACCACCCCUCCCAUCAGGCCUCACAAAUUAAGCAUACAUUUGAUUUUGGUCAUUUUCUGUGCGUACUAUAUGUAUAGUUAUUUCUAAAAGCCAUGCAAACUCAUGGCACCAAUUGAAACA